AGUUGAGGAUAUAAGAAGAGCUGCGCAAUGGCAACAUUAGACCAGAAAUACGUCCAGAACGCGUCGCUUGCAAGAAGGGAUACACUCUAACUCAAACAGGGACUAUUUCCUGAUAUUAUUAUAGCUUUAUUUUAACUCGACGUCAUCGAACCAGGAUGCCUUUCCUCGGACAGGACUGGAGGUCGCCGGGUCAGAGUUGGGUUAAAACCGAGGAGGGGUGGAAAAAGACAACAGCAGACGAGAAAAACAACAAUAUCUCCGUGGAGAGCUUCUGCAAAGCCAAAGAAGAGGAGUGUUUCAACAAGGAGAACCUGCUGCUCUCUCUUAGCUUCGACAUGUCUGCCAAGAAGAGGAAAAAAGACCACAUGAACAACAACACCAAGGUCCCCUAUUUCCACAGGGAAAACUGGAUUUAUGUUCAUAAAGGAAGCACCAAGGAGCGCCACGGAUACUGUACACUGGGAGAGGCCUUCAACCGCUUGGAUUUCUGCAGUGCCAUCAAGGACACGAGGAGAUUUAAUUAUGUUGUCAGACUCCUGGAGCUUAUCGCCAAAUCCCAGCUCCCUUCACUCAGUGGAGUGGCGCAGAAAAACUACAUGAAUAUUCUGGAGAGAGUGGUACAGAAAGUUCUGGAUGACCAGCAGAACGUUCGCCCCAUCAAAGAGCUACUGCAGACGCUCUAUGUCUCCCUGUGUAGUCUGGUUCAGGACAUGGGCAAGUCUGUCCUGGUGGGGAACAUCAACACCUGGCUGCACCGCAUGGAGAACAUCCUGCAGUGGCACCAGCAGCUAGACAACAUCCAGAUCAACAGGCCCACAUCUACUGGCCUGACUCUGACCCACCUGCCUGCCAGUCUCCAGUUGAACAUCAUGCAGCGUCUGACGGACGGCAGGGACCUGGUCAGCCUGGGCCAGGUGUGCCCCGAGCUGGGGGGCCUCACUGAGGACCGGCUGCUGUGGAAGAGACUCUGCCAGUACCACUUCACAGACAGACAGAUCCGGAAGCGCCUGAUGGUGUCAGACAAAGGGCAGCUGGAGUGGAAGAAGAUGUAUUUUAAGCUGAGUCGCUGCUAUCCUCACAGAGAGCAAUACAGCGACACCCUGCACUUCUGCACACACUGCCACAUCCUUUUCUGGAAGGACACAAACCAUCCCUGCACAGCCAACAACCCAGACAGUUGCACCAUGUCCCUCUACCCUCAAGACUUUAUUAACCUUUUCAACUUCUGAUUUCCCCCUCCCCCCCCAAAUCCAGAUGAUCAGACUGUACAUACUGUAAAUACAAAUGUACAAUAAUGUUUGUUUUUUUAAUGGCACAAUCAAUUCCUGGAUGUGUUUUUUAGUUGAGGUUUGACUGGAGGGGGUUCAGGCAGUGGGACAUUAUGCAAUCGGUUUCUUUGAAAGGGUACAGAGACCUUUGGGAGAGUUCAGUUGAAAAGCAAGUGACUGUGACGGAGUGGAAAAGAGAUGUAGCAGCCAGUCAGCCUGGCGGAUAAAGGGAACACUCAGCUGUCAGAGUUUAGUCUUAGUUCAGUUUUAUUUUAUUUUUUGGAAGUACACCUCCAAAGUAAACACACCUGUUGACCUCAGAUGUGCUCUUGUUUUUCCCAAUUUAGAAUUUUUUUAUUUUAUAUUUAUUUUUGGUUUUCAACCCUUUUAAUUCAAACCUGUUUGAAAUUGUGAUUUGUUAUUUAUAUUAAAAAGCCCGCUCACAUGGGGGAGAUGCCAUGUGUUGAGGUUCAGAUGCAAUAAUAUCCUGUGCACUGGGACGGAGAGAUGGAAAUCUUGAGUUGCUGCAGAGAUAAUGAAUGUAAGCAAGGGAGUCGUCGUUGAUCGUUAGACUGAAUGAUGAUUCUAUAUGUUGACACACCAGCGUGUUGUCUAUUUUCUUUGUUUUUCACUUUUAUAAAGAUUUGAUAUGACUUUUUUUUUUUUUUUUUUUUAAUUGUGUGUUGUUUUCUGCUGUGGCUGCUAUAGCAACAGCACAGGAGUGCAGCAUUACCAAAGAUUGUAAUCUAAGUCAGUAUAAAGAUGGCAUGUGCCUUUAUCACGGAACUUGAAACCGGUACAGCUAAAUCCUCAUUUGCAAUGUUUUCAGAUCCUGAUGCUGUUUUUGUCAACAUGUCUCAUUUACAGGAGUGCUAUGAUACCAAAGAUUGAUUGUCUGAAACAUCUUAUUUUUUGCUGUAGCCUCCUGCAUGCUUUUUUUUCAAACACCCAGCUGAUUGUGUUUGUUUGUUGAGAUUCUGGCAAGGAUGGGAAGGAUUUGUAUAAAGGUGCACUUUGACCCAGACCUUCCUCUAUUACUGCUCAGACAGUGAGGAAUGAUGUACAUGCUAUGCAAUGCGUUCUGUUUAUGUUCUGUUGAAUAAAUAAAAGAAAAUAAUCUUACCUCCA